UGGCGGCUCUCAAGAUUGGACCACCAGCCACUUGAGAGGACAUAAAAUCAUCGAUAUGUUUUUGGAUGAAUUCCAAGAAGAGGACGCAAUCAAGAAAUUGGUCAAAGCGGCAGCUACAAACUGAAUUAAUGGAUUAGAGACAAUGUCAAUACUUCUCGAACGAUACGAACCUCAGAUUCAACUUACAUGGGAUUUUGUCGAAGCUGCAGCUAGCAACCCAGAAUAUGGUCUGGAAAUAAUAGAACUGUUCCUUAACCGACAAAGAGAUCAAGUCCAGAUUACAGAAGAUAUGGUUAAAGCUGCAGCUAGUAAAGAUUACGGAGGCAAGGAAAUAAUCAAAACUCUUUCUUGACUGGCUAGGAGAUCAAGUCCCGAUUACAGAAGACGUGGUUAAAGCUGCAGCAGCAAGUAACAGUUGGGAAGGCAAGAAAAUAAUAGAACUCUUCUUUGACCAAAGGGGAGAUAAAGUCCCGAUUACUAUAGAUGUGUUCAAAGCUGCAGCUAAGAACAGAAGAAAGAGGAAAGAAAUAAUAAAACUACUUCUUAAUCGGCAGAGAGAUCUGGACCCAAUAGUUCAAGAAAUGUUGAGCCCUUACGAGAGAUGGAUUUAAUCAGUCAU